AUUUGUAGCCUCCUCCUUAACUUAAGCAUAAGAAUAUGUGGUCAUGUUUUCUUUGACCAGAAACUCUGCUUCUAAUGGCAAUUACGUUGAGUGAAGGAGCUUCUUCAUCUUCUGGUUUUGACCGUGGAUGGACUUAUGAUGUGUUCUUGAGUUUCAGAGGUGAAGAUACAAGGAGAAGCUUUACAGGGUUUCUGUAUCAUGGUUUGUGCCAAAGGGGUAUCAAUGUUUUCAUUGAUGAUGACAAGCUCAGGAAAGGUGAAGACUUAUCCCCUACUCUUCUUGGAGCCAUUCAAGAGUCUAGAAUUGCCAUCAUUGUCUUCUCUCAAAACUAUGCAUUCUCCACAUGGUGUCUUGAUGAACUUGCAAAGAUCAUUGACUGUUACAAAACAAGAGGGCAACUUGUGUGGCCAGUUUUCUUCCAUGUCGACCCUUCUGUGGUGCGCCAUCAGAGAGGAACUUUUCAAACAGCAAUGGCCCAACAUGAAGUCAGAUUCAAGGGUAAUGUUGAAAAGUUGCAGAAGUGGAAGAAAGCCUUGUUUGAAGCAUCCAAUUUCUCAGGUUGGAACUUAGAAAACGGGUAUGAAUUUCAGAUAAUCCAAGAUAUUGUUGAGGAGGCCUCUAGAAAGUUAAGCCACACCAUUUUGCACAUUGCUGAAUACCCAGUUGGAAUAGAGAUUCGCAUAUCUGAAGUGAUGCCUCUUUUGCAGAUUGAACCGGGUGAAGAUAUUCGUGUCAUUGGGAUCUAUGGACUUGGAGGCAUAGGUAAGACAACAAUUGCAAGGGCAUUGUACAACAUGAUUGCAGACCAGUUUGAAGCUACAAGUUUCCUUUCUGACAUAAGAGAAAGUUCAAAUCAAAGACAAGGGCUAGUGCAGCUUCAAGAAUCACUUCUUUUUGAUACUGUUGGGGACAAGAACAUCAAGCUGGGAAGCAUUUACAAAGGAAUCCCUAUUAUCAAGAAAAGGCUUUGUUGCAAAAAAGUACUUUUGAUCAUUGAUGAUGUUGACAGGUUGGAGCAGCUUCAAGCCCUGGCAGGAGGACGCGAUUGGUUUGGUUUUGGAAGUGUGAUCAUCAUAACAACAAGAGAUAAGCAUUUGCUGAGUGCUCAUCAGGUUGACAAAACCUAUGAGGUAAAGAAAUUAAACUAUGGUGAAGCUUUUGAACUGUUCACUUGGAGUGCUUUCAAAAGGAAGGCACCUGAUGCAGGCUAUUUGGAGGUUUCUAACCGUGUUGUUCUCUAUGCUGAGGGCCUUCCAUUGGCUUUGAAAAUAAUGGGGUCUAAUUUGUUUGGUAAAACAGUGGAGGAAUGGAAGUCUGCGUUGGGAAAAUAUGAGAAGAUUCCUAACAAAGAGGUUCAGAAUGUGCUAAGAGUAACCUAUGAUAAUCUAGAAGAGAAUGAGAAGGAAAUUUUCCUUGAUGUGGCAUGCUUCUUCAAGGGAGAGACAGUGGAAUAUGUAGAAAACACACUGCAAGGCUGUGGUUUUUAUCCAACAAUUGGUAUCAGUGUACUUAUUGAUAGAUCUCUUGUUAGUAUUGAUGAAUAUAACAGAUUGAGAAUGCAUGAUUUAAUUCAAGACAUGGGCAGGGAAAUAGUUAGAGAAGUUUCACCAUUAGAACCUGGAAAAAGGAGUAGAUUGUGGUAUCAUGAAGAUGUUUUUGAAGUUCUCACUGAAAAUAAGGGGACUUAUAGAAUUCAGGGCAUGAUGGUUGACCUCCCUGAUGACUACAUGGUACACUUGAAAGAUGAUUCCUUCAAGAAGAUGAAAAAUCUUAAAAUUCUCAUAGUUAGAAAUGGAAACUUUUUUGGAAGCCCCCAACAUCUUCCAAACAGCUUAAGGUUGCUUGAUUGGAUGAAAUAUCCUUCGUCUUUGCCAUCUAGUUUUCAACCAAAGAAACUUGUUGUACUCAACUUGUCAGGCAGUCGUUUCACAAUGCAAGAGCCAUUUAAGUAUUUGGAUUCCUUGACUUCUAUGGACUUGAGUUCCUGUGAAUUGUUGACAAAACUACCUGAAAUUGCAGGAGUCCCUAAUCUAACACAGCUAACUCUUGACUAUUGUACAAAUUUAGAAGAAGUUCAUGAAUCUGUUGGAUUCCUUGAGAAACUUGUUGAGUUUAGGGCUUAUGGAUGCACCAAGCUUAAGGUUUUUCCAAAUGCUAUCAGGUUGACAUCAUUGAGAAGUCUUAUCCUUAAUUGGUGUUCAAGCCUUCAAAAUUUUCCAGCUAUUUUGGGGAAAAUGGAUAACCUCAUUUCCAUUUCUAUAGAAGGCACUGGUAUAAAAGAAUUGCCUCCUUCCAUUGGAAACCUUGUUAGUCUUCAAGAGUUAAGCAUGACAUCUUGCUUAAACCUCAAGGAACUGCCUCACAAUUUUGAUAUGCUUCAAAGUCUUACAAACCUUGAUAUGGAGGGCUGUCCACAUCUCCGAAACUUUCUGACAAAGUUGGCAAACAUGGGAGAAUCUACACAUACCUUUGGCAACAUUCUGUCACUGAAUGUAGAAAACUGUGGCCUUAUAGAUGAAGAUCUUCCCAUAAUUUUCAAUAAUUUCCCAAAUUUAGCAUCAGUAGUACUCUCGGGAAAUCAUUUUAAAGCUCUUCCAAGCUGCAUACAACAAUGUCCUUGCUUGGAACUACUUCACUUGGACAACUGUAAAAACAUCCAAGAAAUUUCAGCAUUUCCUCCUAACAUGCAGUACAUUAAUGCACAAAAUUGUAUAUCAUUGUCUGAAGAGUCAUCCAAUUUAUUAUUUAACAAGGUUUGCAUCUUUUUUAAGUCUUCUAUGCUUUCUUUAGUCACCACCCAUUUUCACUUGAACUUUCUUGUGCAGGAAACUUUUGAGGGAUGGGAAUUACAGGCUAUGGUGCCUGGAACAAUGGUUCCAGAGUGGUUUGACCACAUCACCAAAGGAGAAUACAUGACAUUUUGGGUACGCGAAAGGUUUCCAGCUAUUAUCAUAUGUUUUGUUCUUGAGGUUGAGAGUGAAAUGAAGAAAAUUUUCAAUUGUGAAAUCCGCUUUUAUAUAAAUGGUGAAGAAGUUUAUGAAUUGCAAAUUCCAAGAGGCUUUUCAGAUAUGGUGACAGAUCAUGUGUGGCUCUAUGACUUGAGAACUCAUUCAUCUAUCAACUGGCGCAGUCUUGAUUUGUAUCUGAUGGAUGGCUGGAAUCAGGUUGAGAUUUCAUGUGAGAAGAUAAGUGGAGCAUCAAAUCUGACUGUGAGUUGGUGUGGAGUUCAUGUGGUUAAGCAAGAAGCUAACAUGAAGGAUAUACUACUUACAGAUCCUGAUCCAGAUUUAGAUUCAGUUAUAGCUUCUGGAUCAAACACACUAGUUUCUGAUCAUCCAGUGAAAGCUCAACCACAAUCCCAAGUCACAAGCUUCACACUACAGACACCUCAAAAUAAUAACAGUUCCACAAUUGUGCUGCCAACAACAGUUCAAACCAGUUUGACUGUAAAUGAUGCAGACAUGGAAGCAUUUUAUGCUGUUCUGGAUGAUGAGAUCUCUGUGGUGUCACUUAACAAUGAUUCAACAAUGGUUUCUAAAUUGACCAACCAAAGGCCAAGUGAAGAGACAAAGAAAGCAUUGAAGACACUUCAAGCCCAUGUCACUAAAGAAUUUUCUGCUCUGCUGGGCCCUAAUGAAUACAGUACAGUGAAUGAUACCUUAGAGUACCUCACAAAUUUGCCAGCAGAAGAUGAAAUAUCAGUGGAAAUAAGAUCUCUAAUAAUACAAGUUUCAAGACAGUUCACUCGUUGGAGUAGGGAUUACACAUCUGAGAACAAGAAAAUAGAGUCUACCACAGCCAAGUUGUUGAAAGCUGAUGAACUAGAAAAGUGUCUUGAAGCUAAUAAGACUAACUUCAAGCAAGUGAUGUGCAUGGAAAAUGAGUUGUGCAAUGAUUUGGCCCAUUUGGAACAAAGAAAGAGAGAGCUAGAAGAGCAGAUAAAUGCUGUUAAAGCUAACAUCUCUGCUUCAGAAGCAGCUAAGAACAUGGCUAGUGAAAUAAAAAGAGAACUCUUUGGAAAAGCAAAGAUUUUGAAAGCUGAAAGAGAUGAGUUGAGGGAACAAGUGCCACACUUGAGAGAUGAACAGGAAUUGGCCAAGAAAAUUCAGUCAAAUAUCAGAGAUGAAUGGUCAAAGCUUGGUGAAAAAUUUAACUAUGGAUUAAGGCAUGGAAAAAUUGAUUAGUAUUAAUUAAGUCAAAGAUGAGUGAACUAAUAAUAUACCAUUAAUGCCUUGUUUUCAUACUUUCAUACCUUGA